UUUUUUUUUUUUUGUUCUUGGUGUUUGUCUCUCGCAAUCUCUCUCUGUUGUCCUCGUGCAUGCGUGUUUUCUCUGCAUCACUUCUUCUUCUUCCUCCUCUUCCAUGGCCAAAGCAAAGGCUCCAAGGAAAACUCUGGACUCCUUCACAGUCAAACACAUCAACAAAACCAUCAAAGUGGGAGACUGUGUGCUGAUGCGGCCGUCGGAGCCGGGGAAGCCGUCGUACGUUGCCAGGAUUGAGCGGAUCGAGACGGACGCGCGUGGAGCGAACGUGAGAGUGCGCGUGCGCUGGUACUACCGGCCGGAGGAGUCGAUCGGUGGUAGGCGACAGUUUCAUGGAUCCAAGGAGGUUUUCCUUUCCGACCACUACGACGUGCAGAGCGCUGAUACAAUCGAGGGGAAGUGUACGGUCCACAGCUUCAAGAGCUAUACCAAGCUUGACGCCGUUGGAAACGACGACUUCUUCUGUCGUUUUGAGUACAAUUCGUCUACCGGCGCUUUCAAUCCUGAUCGAGUCGCCGUGUAUUGCAAAUGUGAGAUGCCUUAUAACCCAGAUGAUCUAAUGGUUCAGUGCGAAACUUGCAGUGACUGGGAAAAAAGCAAAGGGGUUGGCAGGAUUAUGCAAAGGGCACAGGCAUUCAAAGGAGUAAACUUUUCAAAGUUGUGGUAGCUCACUUUGCAUUCAAAUAGAAUCUAAAGACAUAUGGGAACUUUUCAAGAUACUGAUUCGUUAACUCACCUCAGCCCAGUAGUUCCUCAUUGUCCAUUGUUUCUUGGUUCUUCAAUUUUGUCAUGUAUUAGAUGAGUUACUGAAAGACCAGCUGCAGAGAAACACAUAGCUUCUGAGUAUCUCUGGAACAGUUAUCUGCAUGCUUAAUCAGCUUGUUUGAUGAAAGAAAAAAAAAAAUCUGCAGAUGGUAAUGCCUGGGUUUCUCAUACAUAUCAGUUAGGCAGUUAUACUGUAUUAGUGGAGAGUAACAAUGAUUUUCAGAAACAGUUAGAUGCUAAUGUUUAGCAUUUCCUUCCUUGUUCAGGUGGCUGAUUUAUGAGCUCGUUAGCCUGUUAUGUAUGAACCAAUUAAUUUAUUUUACUUCUGCCUACUGCUUCUUUUUCUCUGUUGGAAGAAAAAUGGGAGUUGAUGCUUCUCUUAGUUCAAUUAGUUUUAUGCGUGCUACUUCUGAUCAUCUCUUCAGGAAUAAUUUCAUUGAGGCUGCUUGUUGGACUACGUAGAUUAACCAUCAGUUUUAUUGUGGAAGUUGACUGAAUUUGAUCCUUCAUUCCUUUGUGUUGUCUUUGUUUACCCUGAAAUAGCUUUUUAAGGAAAGAGAAGGAAAUAUCCUGAAUUACCAUACAUUUAUUCAUGUGUAUGUGUAGUAUGUAUUCACAUAGAGAGUGAUAAUUAUCUUUUAUAGGUGAUCAUGUAAAUGUAAUGCAGGGGAGAGAGACUGUGUUAGGGAAGAUGCCUUGGCCAUGAUCGUUUACAUAAUGAGCUAAGGAAUAUUAAUACUUAAGGAUGUGUAUGCAUCCUCGAGUUUCCUAACAAUAUUUUUGGGAAAA